AUGGAAGCCUUCGAUGACAUGCUCGGGGGCUUUGACCCUACCUUGAGUGCAGUGGCUUUGUCGAUGACGCCACAGCCGCAGGACGACCCACCGAAGAAGCCCAAGAAGGACGACCCACCGAAGAAGCCCAAGAAGGACGACCCCCCGAAGAAGCCCAACGAGACGACCGAUGACGGCCCAGUGAAGAGACGCAAGAAGGACGACCCACCGAAGAAGCCCAAGGAGACGAUCACGCCGAAGGACGACCCGCCGAAGACGCCGAAGGACGACCCGCCCCAGAAGCCCAAGAAGUCGAUCAUGCAGACGAACGAGGCGAGCCGCAAGCUUGGCGACAUAUGGUGGUGCGAGGAACUCGGCAGAGCUCUUCGCCAGAUGGCUGCUGGUCCGGAGACAUCCACAGAGCCAAGGGAGAAGGACGGCACCGUGGUCGUGGAGUUCGCAGACGGCUUGGAGUGGAGCCCUCCAGGCUUGAUCCCGUCCGACCUCGCGAAGUUCGGUUCGCAUGGAGAAAAGCUGCCCAAUGCCGCCAAGAAGGCGGCGGCGAAAACGCCGAAACCGGUGCAGGAUUACAUCUUGGAGACGAUCAGGGCAAAGUAUAAGCUGCAGGGGAAGUGCAGCCCCAUAGUGAGCUUGGAGUGCCGCGAGGACCGGUUCAACUUGAAAUCGUCUUGGCGACAGAAAUGCCAGAUUGUUGUGAAAGACGACAUGACGGCCCAGAUCGCAAUGAACAUUAUGGCGACGUUCUGCGACUGUUAUCAACAGAUGAAUAUGAACCAGAACGAGCUGGACUUUAAAGUGUGCCGAGAAUGCUUCCUGGAGAUGCACACGAAGGGGAUGCACGACUUCGACAAGGGCAAGAUGGACUGGGAGAAGGUGUCUGAGGACAUCAAGAAAGCUUUCCCUCCGAAGCCGAC